UGUUGACAGGGAAAUCUCAUGGAGCUUCAAACCUGAACACAGAUAUCGUCUUAUUUGAUUUAUACCUAAAUAUAUUAAUCUCCCAGUGUCCAAGGAUGGGAUCUACAGACAUGAAACUCAUGGAUGUCUUUUCGUACGAGAGUCUCGUACACGCAGUCGCCGGUGCGAUGGGCAGUGUUACAGCAAUGACUGUUUUCUUCCCUCUUGAUACUGCUCGGCUCCGGCUGCAAGUUGAUGAGAAGCGGAAAGCCAAAUCUACCCCAGCUAUUCUUUCAGAGAUUAUCAAGGAGGAGGGUCUGUUAGCUCCAUAUAGAGGUUGGUUUCCAGUGAUCUGCAGCCUCUGUUGCUCAAACUUCGUUUACUUCUACUGUUUCCAUAGUCUGAAGGCCACUUGGCUACGAGGUCAAAGAUCAACGGCAGGGCGGGACCUUAUUAUUGGCAUUGCUGCAGGUGUGGUGAAUGUCCUUGUGACCACUCCACUCUGGGUUGUCAAUACCAGACUGAAACUACAGGGGGCGAAAUUUAGAAAUGAGGACAUACAGCCCACACACUACAACGGAAUCAGGGAUGCAUUUGUACAGAUCAUGCAUCAAGAAGGCGUAGGUGCAUUAUGGAAUGGGACGUUUCCCUCACUGCUGCUGGUGCUCAAUCCAGCCGUGCAGUUCAUGAUCUACGAGGGUCUGAAGAGGCAGAUCCUGAGGGGCGUCCACAGAGAGCUGUCCUCAGUGGAAGUGUUUCUUAUUGGAGCUGUUGCUAAGGCUGUUGCAACCACUAUAACCUACCCACUUCAGACAGUUCAGUCUGUUCUACGGUUUGGCCAGCACGGGCAGCCUGCAGAUCAGUCUAGACUCCUGAACAGCCUGAGAUCUGUUAUGUAUCUGCUCAUCAACAGAGUCAGGAAGUGGGGCAUUCUGGGAUUGUUUAAAGGCCUGGAGGCAAAGCUGCUUCAGACAGUCCUCACUGCUGCGCUGAUGUUCUUAUUGUAUGAGAAGAUUGCAAGCACCACCUUUAGGGUCAUGGGGGUCAAACGACCAAUGACCUCCCAUUGAUCUCCAACAGGGCGAUUAUUAGGUAACUGUGGUAUGAGUAGCAGUCAAAUCAUGUUUAGUUUUCAUAUAUGGAUGGACUAUUCAGUGCCAGUCGAAAUGUUUAUACUGUACACUACACACUGCCUAUAUAUGAAUUUUGGUUUGUUUUGUUAAAUUAUAUGGUUAAUUUGACUUGAUAGUGAAGGAAACAGCCAAAAAGUGCCAAGAAAGAUGAAAUUAUCAAAAGGAGCUGCUGUGCAAUGGAGGAACAUUUAUAAACUUGAAUAGUAUGAACUAAAUUUAAAACCAAUAACAAAUGUUACUAACUCAAGUACUGAAAUUAAUAACUACACUGUAAAACCCAAAAAGUUAAGGUAACUCAGACCAUUUUAAGGAAACCGAUUGCAACAAACCAUUGAAGUUCAAAAACAAAUCCUAAUGAGUACUGUGAACCUAAUCCAUUUGAGUAAAUGAUGCAAUUUGAGCACAGUAAAACUCAAUAAAUGAAGAGAAAACAAACCAACUGAGUACUGUAAAACUUAAUAAGUUAAGGUAACUCAAACCGUUUGAGGAAACCAAUUGCUAUAAACCAUUUGAGUUAAACUGAUCUAUAUGAGUACUGUGAACUUACUCCAUUUAAGUUGAAGUAAUAAGGUAUUUAAUUAACUCAUUACCUUCAACACUGAGUUCAAAACUCUUUUCAAAUGAGUAGAAUUAACUGUCAGUAAAUUUUGAGUUAACUACACUCAUUUCAUUUGAUAAAGUUGACUGUUGGGUUUUACAAUGUAAUAAUGAAUUAUAUGAAGCAAAUCAAUGUGCAGAUAUACAGUUGAGGGCAAAAUGAGGGCCCUCCUGUGAACAUUUUGAUUCUUUUGGAGAAAAUAUUAUUUCUUCUAGUUUGACUGCAGUUUUAAAAAAUGUUAAAACAAAUUUUACUGUCAAAAUUAUUAGCCCCCUUAAGAAAUUAUUAUUUUUGAUUACCUAGAGACUUGCCUAAUUAACCUAAUUAAUCUAUUUGAGCCUUUAAUUUGCACCUUAAGUUCAAUGCUAAUAGUUUGCUUAAUAACUAGUAAAAUACCAUGUGUUGUCAUCAUGGCACAGACUAUUUAAAUAAAUUAUUAGGAACUACUUAUUCAAAUUAUUGCUUAGAAAUUAGUUACUUUUUUGUUAAGCAGCAGUUGGGAGACAUUUUUUAAAUAAUUAAAAUUUAUUAGGAGGGCUAACAGUUUUUACUUCAAAUGUGUGCGCGUGCAUGUGUAUGGAUGUAUACAUUUAAUUCAAAUUAGAAUGAAAAUAAAAGCUCAUUCAGAAUAUGAAUAGAAAAUAGUAAUAAAAGAAUAUUCAUAAAAAUAAUACCAAAAUAUUUUAUUAAUUGCAAAUUGAUUCCUUUAAAGAUGAAAAAUAUAGAAUACUUUUGACAUUUGAAAAUGUUUUAGUUUUACAUAAUGCUGUUUUUCAUAGUUUUUUUUAUAUUUACAAUACUCCUGCUCACAAAUGAUCAUAAAAUAUACUUUUUUAUACUAGUCUAGGAAAUAAUGUUCAUUCAUUUUUUUAAAUAAUUCACAUAUGAGUAUAAAUAUUUAAUUUAAAAUAUUUGAAUUCUAUUUUUUGAAAUGUGCAAAAGGCAGCGAUUGAGUUCAAACAUUUGACUGAUGGUGUUUUAAUAUGAAUGAGUGAUUACAAAUAGGUUACUCAAACCAAAUCCACCCAAGUAAUUAGCACAGUUACAGUAGUUACAGGUCAAUAGCUUGAUCCCUAUAUAUUUUAGGGUUUUAAUAAACAUUUGAUUAAAAAAGUAUGCGCUAACAUGGUUUUAGCAGAACUAAGCUUGUUUACAAAGUGUCAAAAAGAAAAUCAAUCCUGUGAAGGAUCUGCUUUUGUGUUGACAACAAAAAAGAAACAUCUUCCAGACUGGUUUAUCUGGUCGUGUGUAAGUGAUACUUGAUUUUACUUGACAAACACAAAGCCGCUGAGUCUGUAGUGGACCUUUAACCUAAAAAGUUUACAGUCUGAACUUUAAAAUAGCUUCCUUUCCUCAGUGGUGAUUAGGACUUGUGGAAUAACCUGUUUUGUGAGCAGCUUUGGCCAGAAUUAACACUGUGAAUGUUACACAAGACACAGAGGCUUAUGGAUAUCAUUUAUAUACACAUUUCAGUGUCCGCACUGGACUAAUGUAAUGUAAGAAUCUUUUGCAUGGAAUUAGCUAUUUAUAAAUGUAAAAUGUUUUUUUUCCUUGAAUGUCAGAAUGAUUUUAUUAACAUCAAAAAUGCAAUUGUGAAUGAAGAUUCAAAAUAUAAGUCAUUCUUAUUGUAUUGAUCAAUGACUGUUUAUGUUUUAUAAUCUAUCUGAGAAAUUUCUAUGCAGUAAAAUAAUUGAUUGAGAAUAAUGUGAUA